CCAAGAUGGCGGCCUCGGUGGGUUCCCUCGUUUCGUACGAUUCCAAUUCAGACUCUGAUAAUGAGACAGAAUCCAUACCAGAACCAGAAAAAGUAGACCCAGAUGCGCUUUCACAUCUACAGCCUCUGAAAUCAGGGAAAACAACAUCUUUGGUUGUUCUCAACUCUGCUCCUGAAGUCGCCGUGAAGGAGGAUGUCAUGACAGGUACCCAUCUGGACCCCUCUCUUAAAGAAGUCAAUUACAACCCUUCCUAUGAAACGAUGUUCGCGCCAGAGUUUGGCCCAGUGAACCCAUUCAGGACUCAACAAAUGGCAGCUCCAAGGAACAUGCUGUCGGGAUAUGCUGAACCAGCUCACCUUAAUGACUUCAUGUUCGAACAACAGAGGAGGACGUUUUCCACUUAUGGCUAUGCCCUGGACCCUUCAGUGGACGCAAGUCUGGUGUCAGCCAGCAGUUACAUCGGCGCAGUGGAAGAGGCAGAAAAAAACAAAGGACAGACGGUGUUUGAGACGGGGCCAAAGAAGUCGGAGAAGCGGAAGAAGAUAAAGGGCGGAGAGGCUGCAGACAUGGAAGCGUUCCUGGGGCCGUGGGCCAAGUACCUGGAUGAGAAGGACGGGGCCAAGCCCUCAGAGGAGGAACAGAAGGAGCUGGAUGAGAUUCUAGCGAAACGGCAGAAGAAGGGAAGGAAUGAGGAAGAAGCACCUGGAGAGGAGAAGACUAUUCUUCAUGUUAAAGAGAUGUACGACUACCAGGGUCGCUCGUACCUGCAUGCUCCGCAGGAUGUGGGCAUCAACCUGCGCUCGGCGGACGCACCCGACAAGUGCUACCUGCCCAAGAAGCAGCUGCAUGUAUGGACCGGACACACAAAGGGGGUCAGUGCGAUCCGAUUGUUUCCUGCCUCAGCUCAUCUGCUGCUCUCUUGUUCCAUGGACUGCAAGAUCAAGUUAUGGGAAGUCUAUGGCGAUCGCAGAUGCGUACGAACGUUUAUCGGUCACAGUAAGGCUGUACGUGAUGUCUGUUUUAAUAACGUUGGUACCCAGUUCCUCAGCGCUGCCUAUGACCGCUACCUGAAGCUGUGGGACACGGAGACUGGUCAGUGUAUAUCUCGCUUCACCAAUAGGAAAGUGCCCUACUGUGUGAAGUUCAACCCAGAUGAGGACAAACAAAAUCUGUUUGUUGCCGGCAUGUCCGACAAGAAGAUUGUACAGUGGGAUGUCCGCACUGGCGAGGUGGUGCAGGAGUAUGAUAGGCACCUGGGUGCAGUCAACACCAUCACGUUCGUGGACGAGAACCGACGCUUCGUCAGCACCUCAGACGACAAGAGUCUCCGCGUGUGGGAGUGGGACAUUCCUGUGGACUUCAAGUACAUCGCGGAGCCCAGCAUGCACUCUAUGCCAGCUGUCACACUCUCACCCAACGGGAAGUGGCUGGCCUGUCAGUCCAUGGACAACCAGAUUCUGAUUUUCGGGGCCCAGAACCGCUUCCGGCUCAACAAGAAGAAGAUCUUCAAAGGACACAUGGUGGCAGGGUACGCCUGCCAAGUGGACUUCUCCCCCGACAUGAGUUACGUGGUGUCGGGUGAUGCGGACGGGAAGCUGAACAUCUGGGACUGGAAGACCACCAAGCUGUACCACCGCAUCAAGGCGCACGACAAGGUGUGCAUCAGCGCCCUGUGGCACCCCCACGAGACCUCCAAGGUCAUCACCUGCGGCUGGGACGGACAGAUCAAACUCUGGGACUAGACGACGACGACGACAACAACAACGAGGAGGAUGACGGAAGCGCGCGCACAACAGAAGGCUAUGGACGGAUGAAGAGAGAGAGGGAAUAAGGGGAAGAGGAAAGGAAAAAGUGAAAGGUUGACUGUGGAGGGCUAUGAUGAGAAACGGAUUGAUUUGCGCAAGGAGACUUUCUGUUUAGUUUUUAUUAGUCGUAAUGACAUCCUCCAACAGACGCCCCCUCGCCAGGAGCCUGCUUGUAUUAAUCGUCCUCCACCCAGCCUGUACUUUUACAGUCCCUUGUUUGGCUUGUUCUUCUCAUUCACCUCUCCUGGGCCCUCUCUUCCUUUCUGUUUACCUUGUUUCUCUCUCUCUCUCUCUCUCUCUCUCUCUCUUUCUCGCUCUCUUUCACUCUCUGUAUCUGUCUCUUUCUCUUAGUCUGCUUCAUUGUCCCUGGUUCCUCCGGUUCUCUUGGUCCUGUGGUUCCUCCUGUUCUCUUGGUCAGUGGUUCCCUCUCUGUAGUCGGAGUCUAAAGUCAGAGGAGUUUACAGGGCUGGCAUCCAGUUCUGUAGUCUGUAGUUAAUUUGACCCCCUCCUCUCUCUUUUCCUCUCCCUCGUCCACACACACACACACACACACACACACACACACACACACACACACACACACACACACACACACACACACCUCACACACCUCACACACACACACACACACACACACACACACACACACACACACACACACACACAAGUGUGUGCAGAGGGGAGGAGUUGGAGGAGGGGAAAAGGCUAUUUUUAGGGUUUUGUCUUGUUUGGAUGUUUUUGUUUUAUUUUUUAUUAUCUGUUUUAUUUACUCUUCAAACAGCAGAUGAUCACGGUCUAAAUUCACACAGUCUCUCUUGAACUCAGAUGGAACACACAGACACACACACACACACACACACACACACAAUCAGACUGAACUCUGCUUAUGCCAAUAAAACAUUUUGUACAUUUA